CAUCGUCUUAAUACGCGUCACUCGCUCACUCCGAAUCUCUGUCAUCCAUGGCCUCCGCUCUUCACUUAAACGUCACCUCUUCCGCUUUCCUCUAUCCAAAACCCAACAUCAAAACCCUAACCAGGCCUCUUACUACCACUAUCGCUACAACCAUACGCUGCGGCGGUCCUCGUUCCAACCGUGGCCCUCUCGUCAAAGGCCGUAUCUUAAGUACCGAAGCAAUACUCGCCGUCCAAUCUCUGAAACGAGCCUAUAACAAAUCAUCAUCGAACUCCAAAGAUCUCCCUAAUCUCUCUCGCCUCAUUAAAUCAGACCUCAUCUCUAUUCUACGUGAGCUUCUCCGGCAAGACCUUUGUCCCCUCGCUAUCCACGUGCUCUCCACGCUCCGAUCUGAAUACGCUGGUCAGAUUGAUUUGGGACUUUACGCAGAUGUAAUCUCUGGUCUCUCUAGGAACAAAUUGUACGAGCACAUUGACCGGUUAAUUGAGGAUUUGGAGAAAGAUGAGGGUGUAAUUCAGUGGGAAACAGAUAAGGGAUUGUUGAGAGUGAUAAGAGGCGUGGUGGAUGCAGGGAGAAGGGAAUCGGCUGUGAAGAUAUGUGAGAUGUUGAGGAGAAGUGGCUGUGGGGAGAGGUGGCCGGCGGACGAGUACGUGGUUGGUGUCUUGAGUAAAGGGCUGAGGAGGAUGGGCGAGACGGAGUUGGCCAGUGAGGUUGACAAGGAAUUUGGUGGGAUUUUUAGGGGUAAUUCGGAGAAAUUGGUAGUGUAAAAGGUUUUUUUUCUUAAUGUUGGUUAUUUUUAAUUAAUUUGUAUUUGCCUUUUCUUUAAAUAAUAAAUACUAAUGUGUAUAUAUAUAUAAUAUUAAUAAUAUUACAACGCAGAUAUUUGUAUGUUUUCAUCA